AUGCACGGAUCGGCGGGUCUCCACUCCGCCAUGGCCAUCAAACGCCAGAGGCGUAUCCGGGAGCAAGCCAAGAGGAGGGCGGCUGAAAGACGUCUUUCCUCCAGAACCAACAGUAUGGACAGCAUGGAACACCUUCCCACCCACACCACCAACCACAACGCUCCUCGGGACCAUACCCUGGCCACGUCCAUCGGCAUGCUGCACCUGGGUGUCUGCUUCACGGCCCUGGGUGUCUUCCUCAUAGGCUCUGGUCUUCUCCCUGAUGAUUUAGUCACCUGGAGGAGCGGAGGAUGGUGGAACGAGAUGGUACUGACGGGGAUCUUCGUCACCGUCUUCGGACUGUUCUUCAUCAUCCUCAACAAAAUCGUUAGUAGAAGAGAAGAGGUCGAGCUUGAAGAUUAUGUAGCUAGGCAACUUACCAGGUCCAGGAGCGGACAUAGAUUGGAAAGGGACGUGGAAACUGGAUGCCUGGCGACCAAGAACCACAGAAAACAGCUGGAGAAGCAACGGGAGGAUAAACAAAAAGUUUUGACUGAGUUAGUACCAACCCAUUCGCCCCACUCCAAGACAGCGCCGCAAAACAUCAUCAAUGGUGAUGCUUACUUGGAAAAAAUUCUAGAAGAAGAGGUCUUUGAGAGAGACGGGGAAGAACUGCGGCACCUAGAGCUCAGAGAAACGAUAUCCAACACUACGACGGCCAGUUUGAGCCCGGGUACACCUUCAGAGACCAGGGAGCUAUUGGUGAACGGAAGGCAAUACAGUUUUAACUCAAGGCAGUAUUAG